AUGACAGAUCCAGUCGAGCGGUUCAAGUGCAUUGGCGUCGUCGGCGCCGGAAAUAUGGGGUCGAUGAUGACCUUUGCCUUCGCGGAAAUGGGGCUGGACGUGUCCGUCUGGGACGUGAGCGGGCCCAAUAUCGAUAAGCUGAUGGAGCAUGUUCGCAAGGCUCAGCCUGGCCAUUUCAAGGGUACCAUCACCGGCUAUAAGGACAUCGAUCAGUUUACAAAGAGUCUCGAAGGGAAGGGAGAGCGGAAGUUGUUCAUGUUCUCCAUCACCCACGGCCAUCCCGCCGAUUCCGUCCUGGCCAAGAUCAAACACGACUUGAAGCCCGGCGAUAUCAUCAUGGACGGCGGAAAUGAGAACUACAGGCGGACGGAGAGGCGUCAGAGAGAACUUGAGCCCCUGGGAGUCAAGUGGAUCGGGAUGGGAGUCUCAGGAGGCUAUCAGUCGGCGCGACGUGGGCCCAGUCUGUCUCCUGGCGGUGACAAACAGGCGAUUGAGGAGGUGCUCCCACUGCUGGAGAAGUAUUCGGCCAAGGAUCGGAGGACGGGACUGCCGUGCGUGACUUACGUCGGUCCAGGCGGAUCGGGACACUUUGUCAAGAUGGUCCACAAUGGUAUCGAGGGAGGGAUGCUCUCAACAACCUGUGAAGCCUGGGCUCUCCUCCACAACGGCUUAGGGAUGACGUACGAUGAGAUCGGGGAUGUCUUCGCCAAGUGGAACGAAAAGGGCGAGCUCUGGAAUACAUAUCUCCUCGCGAUCGGCGCGGAUAUGUGCCACAAGCGCAAGUCUGCCGAAGGCGAUGGGCAUGGAGAAGGCGUCGAUCCUAACGACGGCUACGUACUAGACGACGUUCUGGACAAGGUCGUGCAGGACGACGACGACACCGAGGGCACGCCCUACUGGACGGUGAUGGAUACAGCGGCCCGGCACAUCUCAGCACCGACCAUCGCCUGCGCUCACUAUCUUCGGAUCGCCAGUGGGAAUCGCGACCAGCGUGUGCGAGUGGCGGAAAAGCUUCGGAUUCCACCGCCCAAGGCGCUCUCGGGGAUCAAGGACAAGGACGCCUUCAUCGAGACGCUCCGACGUGCGGUCUACGCAUCGUACCUGGCCUCCUUCUGCCAGGGUCUGGAGCUCAUUGCUCGCGCGUCCCAGGACGAGGGCUGGCACAUCAACCUGGGCAAGUGUAUCCAGAUCUGGCGGGCCGGCUGCAUCAUCCAGUCAGAGUACAUCGCAGACAUGAUCCAACCGAUCCUGUCCUCAGACGUGCAGAUCAUGAACAUGAAGCUGAUCGACGAGGUGUCUGCGGAGCUGCACCGCAACUACGAGCCGCUGAAGCAGAUCAUCCUCAAGACGACCGAGAUCGACGGGUACGCGCCCGCCAUGUCGGCCACGCUCGAGUAUCUCAAGUACGAGAGCGGCACGAUGCUGCCGACCAAAUUCAUGGAGGCGCAGAUGGACUACUUCGGCGCGCAUGCGUACAACAAGCCUGGAGUGCCGGGUGAGGAUCCAGGGCCGACCAGGAAGGGUCCGCACCAUUACGAGUGGAAGCCUGCAUGA